AGGGAAGGAGGCAGAGACCCGAGGGGGCGCCCCCCGGAGUCCGACGCGGAGCCUGGCUAGAUCCAGGGAGCCGCUUCCUCGUUGUGGGUCCUUCUAGAACUCAGUUUCUCCACCUGGACAUGGAGUCGCCCAGGCAGCACGUUUCAGAGAAGACCGGGAAGAUCCUGACGGAGUUCCUGCGCUUCUACGAGGACCAGUAUGGCGUGGCCCUCUUCAGCAGCAUGCGCCACGAGAUCGAGGGCACGGGGCUGCCACAGGCACAGCUGCUCUGGCGCAAAGUGCCGCUGGACGAGCGCAUCAUCUUCUCGGGGAACCUCUUCCAGUACCAGGAAGACAGCAAGAAGUGGCGGAACCGCUUCAGCCUCGUGCCCCACAACUACGGGCUGGUGCUCUACGACAACAAAGUGGCCUAUGAGCGGCAGGUUCCACCCCGAGCCGUCCUCAACAGUGCGGGCUACAAGAUCCUCACCUCCGUGGACCAGUACCUGGAGCUGGUUGGCAAUUCCUUGCCAGGGACCACGGCGAAGUCCGGCAACACCCCCAUCCUCAAGUGCCCCACGCAGUUCCCGCUCAUCCUGUGGCAUCCGUAUGCGCGGCACUAUUACUUCUGCAUGAUGGCGGAGGCCGAGCAGGACAAGUGGCAGGCCGUGCUGCAGGACUGUGUCCGCCACUGCAACAACGGCAUCCCCGAGGACUCCAAGGUGGAGGGCCCUGCCUUCACAGACGCCAUCCGCAUGUACCGCCAGUCCAAGGAGCUGUACGGCACCUGGGACAUGCUGUGUGGGAAUGAGGUGCAGAUCCUGAGCAACCUGGUGAUGGAGGAGCUGGGCCCGGAGCUGAAGGCCGAGCUCGCCCCGCGGCUGAAGGGAAAACCGCAGGAGCGGCAGCGGCAGUGGCUGCAGAUCUCGGACGCCGUGUACCGCCUGGUGUACGAGCAGGCCAGGGCGCGCUUCGAGGAGGUGCUGUCCAGGCUGCAGAGGGCCCGGCCGGCCAUGGAGGCCGUCGUCCGCACCGACAUGGACCAGAUCAUCACCUCCAAGGAGCACCUGGCCAGCAAGAUCCGGGCCUUCAUCCUCCCCAAGGCCGAGGUGUGUGUGCGCAACCACGUCCAGCCUUACAUCCCGUCCAUCCUGGAGGCCCUGAUGGUGCCCACCAGCCAUGGCUUCGCGGAGGUGCGGGACGUCUUCUUCAAGGAGGUCACCGACAUGAACCUGAACGUGAUCAACGAGGGCGGCAUUGACAAGCUGGGCGAGUACAUGGAGAAGCUGUCCCAGCUGGCGUUCCACCCCUUGAAGAUGCAGAGCUGCUACGGGAAGAUGGAGCCUCUGCGGCUGGACGGGCUGCAGCAGCGCUUCGACGUGUCCAGCACGUCCGUGUUCAAGCAGCGCGCCCAGAUCCACAUGCGGGAG